AUGAAGAAACCCGACAAUAUUCUCUUCCUCUGUCUCCUCCUCUUGUGUUUUUGCUCUGCUUGGAGCAUACGUAAAACUUCGUACGAUCAUUUUCAACUAGUUUACACAUGGCCAAACACGUUUUGUUUGGACCGAAACGUGACGUGUAAUAAACCCGUGCCUCAGAAUUUCGUGAUCCACGGACUUUGGCCAGCCGAUAAAUCGGGCAAACCUUUAACUCAUUGUUAUAAGACCGGAAGCAUAUCUUCGGCUAUUAGCAAAUACGAAAGACAGCUGGCGCAUUCGUGGCCUUCUCUAAGAACUGAUCUGAUGAACACGAACUUUUGA